AUGGCCGAAUAUUUCUGCAUGAGAGAUAUAGUGAACUUGGAUAUUAACAAUUGCAAACUAAAUAUCGGUUGUCUUAAUAUUUUAAGAAGUGAGGUUCCUGCUUAUGGUUAUCAGCGCACACAUCAAGUACUUUUGCUAUACAUUCUGGAGCACCACGAGUGUUCUGGUUAUUUCAGUGCAGCUCUUAAUUUCGAUUUCUUGGCCGAAAAAUAUUGUACUAAAGUCGAGCUCGAACAGAAAGCUAUUCGAAGACUGGGACUUCCAAAACAGUACCGAGACUUGUACUUGGAGCAAGCGACUAUUUGUGGUCUUCACGGGUACAAUGAGUUUCUAAACUGGCGUAGAGUUAUUGAAAUUAGCAAAUGGUUGGAUGAAAACAUUUAUCAAAAUGCUGAUGAUGCUGAUACAAAUGAUGAUGAUGUUACCUAUCACUUUUAUGACUUGGCCUUGGUAUUCUAUAUAAACGCUUUGCUAUUGUUGCUCUAAAACU